ACACGUAUGUACAUAUGUACACAUAGUAGAGUUUCCUAUCAGGGCGUCAAACAAUUUUAUUGUAAAUAAUACUUUGAUCUUUACGGAGUAACAUCGUAGAAAAUAAUUAUUUUCAUACGAUUGUAUAUAUUUUUACAGUUUAUCAACUAUGUAUACGUCUAUAUAUAAUGAUCAUUGUGAAGUUCUAAAAGAACCAUGACCGUAAUUCAUUGACAUCAUUGCUCGCUCGUGCCGAUUUAUUAGUGUUACCUUAUAUGUUACUGACAAUGAGUGAGUGAAAGAAGUGCAGUUUUAUACAUUAUUGAAUGCGUUUUACCGCAAACCGCGAUCAAAUAAAUAACGACUAACUGGUUCCGAUGUAGUCUACCUUGAUUAGAACGGCAUUUUACAAACAUUAACACGCUAACAUGUCGUUAUAGAAAAUAAUGAAAAAGGCGCUAAGAAAAAAGAGAUUUAUUGAAAGAGACGGGAUCGUUUUUUUCUUAAUGUUUUAUCGGAUCUGAUAAUUCUGAUAAAGUAUUGACGUUCGCUGGCGGUUUUUCGGGGUCUGUCAAGCGUGUAAGAACACCUGUGAAAACUGUAUCGGACGUCGUGCAACGGAUCAUGAAUGUGGUCAGCAUAGCAGAGAGGUGGUGUCGGGAAGGUGGUUGACACGCCUUCGUAUAUUUGAAAUGAUCGAAAGUGUAUCACGUAGAGCGUUGAGUGGCUCCAGUGGGAGCUACCACGUUCGUGGAGCAGAGUUGGCAAGGAAUCGUAGAUUAAAGUCUCUGUCAGCCACAGUCGUUUUCCUUGAUGAUACACAACAUACAUUUGAACUAGACAAAAGAGCCAAGGGCCAAACAUUAUUGGAUCUGGUAUUCCAACAUUUAGAGUUGGUUGAAAAAGAUUAUUUUGGUCUGCAAUAUGCUGAAAAUGGAUCUACAUCAUGUACAUAUUCACCAGAUGUAAUGAGAUGGUUAGACCCUAGCAAACCAGUGAAAAAGCAGAUAAGAAGUAAGGGUGGACAGUUCUACUUUAGAGUGAAAUUUUAUGUAUCUGACCCUAGUAAAUUGCAAGAGGAAUAUACCAGAUAUCAAUUUUAUUUACAAAUAAGAAGAGAUAUUCUUCAAGGAAAACUUCAGUUACCACCAAGUACAGCUUGCCUUAUUGCAAGUUACACUGUUCAAUCUGAGCUGGGUGACUAUCAUCCGGAAGAACAUGGCCCAGGAUAUCUUUCUAGACUACAAUUGAUUCCAGGUCAAACUGAGGAGAUGGAAAAGAAAAUAUCUGAAUUGCAUAAACUUCACAAGGGUCAAUUACCAGCAGAUGCAGAAUUUAAUUUUUUAGACCAUGCAAAAAGGCUGGACAUGUAUGGAGUAGAAUUACACAAAGCUAGGGAUUCAGCAAAUAAAGAAAUACAAUUAGGUGUAACGUCUAUAGGUUUAGUAGUAUUUCAAAAUGGAAUAAAAAUCAAUGUGUUCUCAUGGUCAAAGAUAGUUAAAAUAUCAUUUAAACGGAAACAGUUUUUCAUUCAAUUAAGGAGAGAGCAGUCGGAAAACUACGAUACAUUAUUAGGUUUCAAUAUGCAGACAUAUCGUAGCUCAAAAAAUUUAUGGAAAGCGUGUGUAGAACAUCAUACGUUCUUCCGACUUCACAGUCCUAAAACGAGACCAAGGCGUUUUCCACUCACUUUAAGUAGCAGGUUUACAUAUUCGGGACGUACAGAAUUUCAAACUGUCGAAGACGGCAAACAUAGAGCCAGAGUAGAAAGAACGUUUAUAAGAUCUCCUAGUAAAAGGUUAGUACACGGAGUAACGUCGGCUCCAAUUAUCGAGGAAAAAGGAAAAAUAUCUAUACCACCCGGUAGAGCUCCUCGGUCAUACGAUAACAAAGUGCAGUCUCUUGGUGCACGUGAACCACGUCAAGCAUGGGGUGAAGGAAAUCUUAGCGACGACGAAGGUGGUUUCUUGUCUCUUCGCGAGGAAAUAAGCUCGCACACACAAGGCAACGCAUUUUCCCCCGUAUUAGGUUCUAGAGUGUUAAGUUACGCCGAUGAUGACACGACUGCUGAAAGGAAUAUCUACGACCUUCCCGAUUAUAGCGAGCCUACAAGUUCACCUGCACCUCAAAUAGUGGAGGACGGACUAGUUGCGAUAACUCUGAUGCCAGAUGAUCAAGGCCGAUUUGGUUUUAAUGUGAAAGGUGGCUUAGAUUUAGAUAUGCCUAUUUUAGUAUCAAGGGUGGCUCCAAACACGCCUGCCGAUCGUUGUUAUCCGAAAUUAAACGAAGGAGAUCAGGUGGUAUAUAUAAACGGGAUUGAUGUCAGCGGUUUGUUACACGAACACGUAGUAAAUCUAAUUCGUCAAUCUCGUGAUUCGGGUUCUGGCGAGCUAACACUAACUGUCAGACCGAAUGCUUUAUACAAUGCACUGGCUGGUACGGAUGAAACAUCCGAAGAAGAACCCCCUUAUAGGUACGUUCCAGAUGCACCUCAUGCGGCUAUUGGAUCGGACGCGUUGGCGCAAUCGAUGUUACUUCUAGCCGAUGGUCUCGCGAGCGGUGCUUUGAUUGCACAAUAUGAACAAUUGUACAGAAAAAAUCCUGAGCUAACUUCUUUGGAGUCGAAAAAGCCCGAGAAUCAGAGCAAAAAUCGUUAUCGCGAUAUUUCACCGUAUGAUGUCACCCGAGUGAUACUGAUGGGAUCCGCAAGCGGAGAUUAUAUUAACGCGAACUACGUGAACAUGGAGAUACCGGGAUCGGGUAUCAUUAACAGAUACAUUGCUACUCAGGGCCCCUUGUCGUCGACUGUCGCCGAUUUCUGGCAGAUGGUUCUUGAGGCGGGCAGUACUCUUGUCGUGAUGCUUACGACGUUGGUCGAACGUGGCCGAGCGAAAUGCCAUCAGUACUGGCCUGCGCUCAACGAAACGUUGACGUUAAGAAAUCUCACUUUAACGUCCACGGCUGAGAAUGUCGAAGAGACUUUUAUAUUUCGGGAAUUCAUACUCCGUGACAUUAACACCGGCGAAGAAAGAGACAUAACGCACAUGCAGUACUGCAGUUGGCCGGAUCACGGAGUACCCAGCGAUUGGCGACAAUUCACGACGUUCACUGAGAGGGUGCGGGCAGCUAGAACGGGAAUAGUAGAACCUGCUGUGGUACAUUGUUCUGCCGGUAUCGGUAGAACUGGUGUUUUAGUGCUAAUGGAAACGGCGCUCUGUCUUAUCGAAGCGAAUCAACCAGUAUACCCAUUAGACAUCGUACGAUCUAUGAGAGAUCAAAGAGCGAUGAUGAUACAAAAUGCUAGUCAAUACAGAUUCGUGUGCGAGGCAGUCCACAAAGCGUACAGCGAAGGAAUAGCCAAGCCGCUUCCUGAAUUCAGCAGAUGAAAUUAAUA